GAGGAAGCCAAGGCGCUCUGCCAAGCAUAUACACGGGCCUCCUUUCUCGUUCCAAGACCUCCUGCCGCGGCGGGCAUGUUUGAGGACAACUCCACUCUCUUUGAGAUAAAGGAGGUGGGUGUCUACGGUUUAUGCAUGCAUGACACAUGCCUGAUCUUCACCUAA